GCGAACACAGACGCAAAGGGACUGUCUCUUAUUACAACGGAGGGAAACACGUUUCGCACCUUGCGCGCUGUCCAAGAAGACUAACUUAAAGUCAAAGAAACGUGGACUUUGAGUUGAAGAAACUUACUUUUGGCUGCACCUGGCAACGCUCUCUGACUCAACACAUUCCGGUGAUGUGGAUGUGGUCAUUACGCACUGAGGCUCGUUUAGUUGGACUCUAAAAAGCGAAUUCUUUUUGGAGUUUCUUCCUCUUAUUUUUGUGUGAACAGUCACAUGACGCAAAGUUUUGCUCGGAGUCCAGGUUUUGUGGUGAGACUGUGUGCCUGCCAAGUGGAGUCGCGUGUCUGUUUGUUAAUAACCCACAAGGAAACAUGAACGUCUCCUUCUUCGACGUGACCCAGGGCGCGCUGUUUAACGGGAGUCAGACCCUCGCCGGGACUUUGGCGACAUACUCCGGUAAUGGCACCGACAACGUAGUGACCGGCGACGGUGGAGGGUCUCUGGUGCUGGUGCAAGACGAGCGCAAACUCUUCGUCAUGCGUGUGGUGCAAAUCGCGGUCCUGUGCGUGUUGUCGCUCACAGUCGUGUUUGGUAUAUUUUUCCUCGGGUGCAACCUGAUGAUCAAAUCGGAGAGCAUGAUUAAUUUCCUGGUGAAGGACCGGAGACCCUCCAAAGACGUGGAGACGGUCAUGAUCGGGCUCAGCUAGAGCAUGGAGAGCAGGUACUGUGAAGAAGUGGAGCGAAGAUCCGGUAUGAGGAUCUGGUGCGCGUUUUCUACUGCAGGUCAAGAUCUGCAUCUGCAUGUACUUUUCAAACACGCUCUGUGUGUGUGUGUGUGUGUGUGUGUGUGUGUGUGUGUGUGUGUGUGUCUUAGUGAGGAGAUAGAAGAUAUGCAAAAACUUAACAUUUCCUUCCGACAAACGGCUACAGGAAAGUAGUCCAGCGACCAAUGUCCGUGCGUAAAGCUUGUGCGUAAAACACGGGAAAUUGUUUACACGUGGGCCGAUCUGUUGAAUCUUUUGACUGAAUUAAAUGUUGCCAACUUGAACUAAGUGACGAAAAUGUUUAC